AUGUCCGCGAAUCGAUUAAACGUGCUGGUGACUCUGCUGCUCGCCGUCGCGCUUCUUGUGACGGAAUCAGGAAACGCACAGGUAGAUGGUUAUCCCCAAUUCAGCUCGAAGCGAUCUGCUGUGAGUGCGCCGCAGAAAUAUUGCGGCAAGAAGCUUUCGAAUGCUCUACAAAUAAUCUGUGAUGGCGUGUACAACUCCAUGUUUAAGAAGAGUGGUCAAGCGCGAGAAGAAGCGAAUGUCGAUAGCAGAGAUAGCAACUUCGACUACGUUCGCACCCAAGAAAUGGAAAUGGCCGAUUAUCCAAUCGCCUAUGAGUUUUCCCCAUUCUUGCCGCGAGCGAGGGCACGGGGGAUAUUAGAUGGACGCUUCGCUGGCAGGCGUUACCGAAGGCAGGGUCGAGGUAUCCAUGAGGAAUGUUGCAUCAACUCAUGUACGAUAAAUGAAUUGACCAGCUACUGCGGCGGCAGAGGAAGCGCUUCGGAGUAACUGGUAACCCUUCGACUUCCGCUUUACUGCUCGAUCACCAUGCAAACCGAAUAAUCCCAGAGAUACACGCCUCACGCGCAUAUACCCAUACACGUACACACACAUAGAGGGACAUACACACAUUCCACAUUACGUACAGUACACGUUGGAAAGUUCACCGGUAAAUCGCAUCAUCGCUCACGUUGGAGACUGACUCGUGAUAAUUGUGUAUACAUUUUACGUAUCUGCGAUGGAACUGACUUUUUAACGCAUGAUCGUGCGCGGGAUUGUACAAUAUACUCUUCUUCUUGAUUUCUUGUGAACGAGAGGGCACCAGAGG